ACUAUAAAUACAUGCACAUAUGCAUGCAAAAUUAUCAGAGUGAUCUAAUCUUAUCAAAAUCAUCACUUACAACUAUUAUUAGCAGCAAUAUUCAGAACUUAGAUAUGGCGGAUUGUCCAGGCAAGAAUUUCUGGCCGGAGUUGUUGGGGGCCAACGGCGACGCAGCAGCGGCGGUGAUAGAGAGGCAGAACCCUAAUGUGAACGCUGUUGUCUCGACAAAUCCAACUCCGACAACUAGAGACUUCAGGUGCGACCGCGUGUGGGUUUGGGUCAACGCGAACGGUGUGGUGCUCCGCGCUCCUCGCGCCGGCUAAUUAAUGCGUGUGCAAGAAAUUAUUUGAUGUUUAAUCAAGAAUAAGUUAAAUGUAUUAUUUGUAUUAUGUUUAUUGUUGUAAUAAAGUUGAUAUUGCUUUUUCAGCAAUAUUUAAUGGUGGUGAUGAAUAAAUAACUUUUUUUUCUAUA